AUGAAGACACUAUUCGCUGUUAUAUUUGCGGUUGCAUCCGUAUACGCACUUGUUGCUGACUUAACAGAAACAGAUACUCAUGCCAAACUCGCAGUGUUCCAUCAUGUUGGACAUACUGAUGGAACUGGCGCAAACGCCGCAACACUCAGAUUCGCACAUUUGGUCCCAAAGGCUGACCAUCUUGGCCAUUUUGAUGAGGGCGUUGGCUGCCAUCACGCCGGUGGCGCCGUUAAGCAUCACCAAUUUGUUCACGUUGAAGCUGGCGAAAAGCUCGUUGAAUUAUUGGGUGUAUCUGACUGCAAGAAAUGGCACGCAGUAGUCCUAGGCGUGUUUAGUGACGGAUACCUUUUCCACAAGCAUUAUGCCUUUCACAAGGACCACCAUACUAAACCUGCUGUCCUUGAUGGCGCUCUCGCAUUGGCAGACUUUGUACAUACCCAUGUCGACUUAGCCCAUGCCAAGGUUUUCGGAGAGCUCGUCAAAAAGGGUUUGACUGCCCAUCUCUUCACUCAUUUGCUCCAUGCUAAAUUGGCAUCACGUCUUGCCCUCGUAUAA